GGGGGGACCAGCCGAGACAGUCGCGUUGAGUUUUCGAGCUGCUCCGACUUUUUGUUUCACGCGAAGAAUGAGAAGGACUCGGUGCCGGAUGACGACGGAAGCGGCGAGAAUGUCACACAUGCAGCUGGUUUGGGUGUAAAUACGGGUUUCCUCCCUUCUGCCCCGCUGGGCCCCGACGAACGCACGACCGCUGGGGAGGCGAAGGACGCGAGGAGCGAGGAGCGAGGCACCUCUGGAAGUGUUCGUCAUGACGGGAGUCGUGGACGCGAGCCGCGCCGCGGCACGGACUGGCUUCACGGACGCGCCGAGCUCGGCUCCUUGUCGCGGGCGGCAGUGAGACGCGAGACCCGGGCUCCGGGCGAUGCAAAUGCGGCUGAGCGCUCCGCCGCGGCUCGAGGAGAACCCCCGAUCUUGGGCGCGCGGACGCACGUUGUGAGUCGGCCCCCCCUUCGCUAGCGCGCGCGCGCGCGCACGGCGACGGAGGUGGGAGCGGGGGGGGCGGGGGGUGCUCGUCGAGCUAAAGUGUGCCGCACGUGAAGCGGCGUUCGGCGAGCCGAGAAGGCGGCCUCGGCGUCAGCACCAGUAUCCUGCCCGUUCUCCGACGCCGAAAGACGCGCUAUGGACACUUAAUCCGCACGGUGCUGCGCCGCGGACGGUUCUGGAGCAACCCGGCGACGGUGGGCGGCGUUACUGCCAAAUCUGCGGCUCGAGCGAGGGACCUAGACCGGUUUAGUUGAUUGAAUCAUUUCCCUCUUCCACCUCCAGUUUUUUCUCGUCCUUUUUUUUUCCACCUCCUCCUCCCUCGGACCCCCUUAUUUCCUCUCCCUUUUUUUUCUUGCGAGAAGAUGGGUUGUUUGGGCAACAGCAAGACUGAAGACCAGAGAAAUGAGGAGAAGGCACAAAGAGAAGCAAACAAAAAGAUAGAGAAGCAGCUCCAGAAGGACAAGCAAAUAUACCGAGCGACACACAGGCUACUGCUUUUAGGAGCUGGAGAGUCAGGAAAGAGCACCAUUGUAAAACAGAUGCGGAUCCUCCAUGUUAAUGGCUUCAAUGCAGAGGAGAAGAAGCAAAAAAUUCAGGACAUCAAAAAUAAUAUUAAAGAGGCUAUUGAGACUAUAGUCACAGCUAUGAGCAACCUGACACCGCCAGUGCAGUUGGCAAGCCCAGAGAACCAGUGCCGGAUCGAAUACAUCCUCAACCUGGUCAGCCAGAAGGACUUUGAGUUUCCAUCUGAGUUUUAUGACCAUGCCAAGACGCUGUGGCAGGAUGAGGGGGUCCGGGCAUGCUACGAGAGGUCCAACGAGUACCAGCUAAUUGACUGUGCACAAUACUUUCUAGACAAGAUUGACAUUGUGAAACAGAAUGACUACACUCCGACUGAUCAGGACUUGCUGCGGUGCAGAGUACUAACUUCUGGGAUCUUUGAGACAAGAUUCCAAGUUGAUAAAGUUAACUUCCAUAUGUUUGAUGUUGGUGGUCAACGGGACGAACGCCGGAAAUGGAUUCAGUGCUUUAACGAUGUGACAGCUAUCAUUUUCGUUGUGGCCAGUAGCAGUUACAACAUGGUGAUCCGAGAGGACAAUCAGACCAACCGUUUACAGGAGGCCCUUAACCUCUUUAAGAACAUCUGGAACAACAGGUGGCUGCGGACCAUUUCUGUCAUCUUGUUCCUAAAUAAACAGGACCUGCUUGCAGAGAAGGUGCUGGCAGGCAAAUCCAAAAUUGAGGAAUAUUUCCCAGAGUUUGCUCGCUACACUACCCCAGAUGAUGCGACACCAGAGCCUGGAGAGGAUCCACGUGUUACAAGGGCAAAGUACUUCAUAAGAGACGAGUUCCUGAGGAUCAGCACAGCAAGCGGGGAUGGGAGGCACUACUGUUAUCCCCACUUCACCUGCGCCGUAGACACAGAGAACAUUCGCCGCGUCUUCAACGACUGUCGAGACAUCAUCCAGCGGAUGCACCUGCGGCAAUAUGAGCUGUUGUGAUUGGAGAGAAAUCAUGUUCAUCCAGAAUCACAAAAUCAGACUAGACUGUGAUAAACUCUGACCCGAGUCUCUGAACUCCCCUCUUCCAUAGAAGUGAGCUCUUGUGAAGGAGUGGAGGCCAAAAUGAGUGCGCGCACACACACACAGUUUACACUGAACCCUGACCUUUCUCUGAUACUACUAUCUGCAGUAUAUAAAGCCGCUUCAGUGGAGGGGGUUUAGAGGCGAACACAUAAACAGACUCUGAUCUCUUCGUUCAGCCGUUCUCUGUUAACUUCUUAACGUCAUGUAUCAUCCCUGUCACCUUCACAUGUGGCCCAGCGUGGACUAUAAUUGCUGCAGUGUGGAGAGGUUUUUGCGAAUUGGAAGAUUUCUUUUUGUUGAGACUCAGAAAGCAACUAUUUAAUUGUUAAACUGAGAACCUUUGAUUAAAGAAUAAAGAUGUUACAACAGAUCAUUUUAACACUGUAUCUAAAACACAAGCACUGGGCUCAGGACUGGACCCAAACUGAGUACAACAGUCCUUCAUAUCACUUAGUCGAAUCCAUAAAUCCAACCACAGGAUUUGCUCGCACAUAGAAACGGGGGCGGGCGCAGCGAGCUGUCGUCGAAUUUUCCUGGCACAGUGAACUUAAACGGACCGAGCGACCGACCGACUGCACAGCUGAGCCCCAAGGAGCAGCGUUACAGCAGACUAACCGGACGAGGGCUGUUGUGAUCGGUCAGGUUGCAGGCGGCGACUUUCUGUUGGACACCAUCGCUUGGGAUCGUGAAGACAGUCCCUCGGCCUCGCUGCAGACUGGUUUUUGCCACAGGACUUUGCAUUGGUGGCAGUGGAAUAAAAUGUGAGGAGGAUGUUACAGCGUUUCAAACAAAAUAAAGAAAAAAAAAACUUUUAUGGAACUUGAACAGCGGACAAACGCAUCCUUCAGUACAGUAUCAUAUAAGUUAAAGAGAACUCUCAUGUUGUCACGGCAGACCCUGUUUUACUGUCUCCACAGCUGUUUUUGUCUGUGUAGACCAUUGUGCCCUGUGCGUGCUCUUCCUUUUAUCGUUUUUCCUUCCGUCUCGCUCUCUGCCCUUCAUCCUUUUGGGGACUAACGAUGUUCAUCUUCAUAUUGUCCCAUUUCCUCUAUCUCUUAUUUUCUCUCCUCCUCUUUCUCAUCUCUGUCACUUUCCCAUUUGUAUCUUGCCCUCUGAGCAGUGCUCUUUUAUUUUGAGAAAAUAAAAUAUAAUAAACUUGGUAUAUAAAAUACAAGAUGAUGACAAUAAACAAGACACUAAUGUUUUUUUUUUUUUACUUGUGUGGUCAAACAAUCUGCUCACAUCUUGUCAUUGCUCUUUCUUCCCAUUCCUCUGCUCUGCUUCUUUGUAUGUUUGUCUUUACUUUACUGCUGAACUAUUAUUCUUGUACAGAUUGUAAAAUGUAUUAUUUUGUACAACUUUAUUGAAAAAAAGACUUUUAGAAGAUCCCUGUGCCUUGAUCACGACUGUACGUGUAAUGAGCUAAAGUGGGUGUCAUACUGCGCUGUAUAGCUUGGCCAAUCCCCCCUGACUCCCUGCCUCCCUCACCAUUUUCCUCUAUUUCUUUCUUCCUCUUUAUUUUUUUACGUUUCAUUCACUUCUGCCUUCUUUUUUUUUAUUUCCUUUGGGAUUGACGACAACCAACCAUGGCUUUUGCAGUUCUAUUUCUGUUCCCCUGUCCCCCCAUUCUCCUUAUGAUUUAAAUGUCUAUUUUUGGAUCCAUAUACCCCAAAAAGAUAAAUAUAUGAAAUGUAUAUGGGUUUUAAAAAAAAGUAUUUUAUUAGAAUCAAAUGAACCUUGACAAAUUGUACACUUGAUAGUGUGCUUAUUGCUAUAACUUAAAUCCUUUCAAAUGAA